CCACAAUAGAAAAGGAAAGUGUCAAUACCACUUUAAGUGAGAAUAACUGCAUUGGUUAGCUCUUGAAUUAAAACUACAAAAUAUAUAUAAAUGUUGAUGCUGCUGUUCAUUUUUCAAGUUCACAUGAUUUUGAUUUUUUUGACAUAAUUCACUAUAGGAGCAGAAUAAUGAGCACACACUGACCAGUUAUCACGGUUGGAUAGUGAGUAUAAUGAAUAUACUGAAUGUAUCAAUGAAAGCUACAGUCGGCCUUGCUGUUACUUGGAUGUUAGUAGCAAUAACCUGCAGUGCAAUGAUUAACCCCAAUCUCCCUGCCUGCUCACUGAAUGGGGGAUAUGAGGAAAGCUACCUGCAGGAAGGGGACAUCAUGCUUGGUAUUCUUGUGGAUAUAUUUGGUUUCUUGAAAAAUGCCCAGGAAACCUUUGAAGAGCGCCCUAAGAACACUUUUUUAAGUUUUUCUAGUUCCUCCUUCCAGUAUUAUCGUCACUUUCUGGCUGCCAUUUUUGCCAUUGAGGAAAUCAACCAGGACCAGAACCUUCUGCCUAAUGUGACCUUGGGAUUCCAUAUCCAUGAUUCCCGGGCCAAUGAGAGAAAAGCCAUUAGCAGUACAUUUAGUAUGCUGACAGGGAGCAGUGAUUAUGUGCCUAACUACAAGUGCACCCAGAACAGGAUUCCCAGUGCAUUCAUAGGGCACCUACUGUCUUCUGUAUCUAAUGUCAUGUAUCAGAUCACUAGCAUCUAUGGCUUUCCACAAGUAUGCAAAAUAAUGAUACAUCUUUAGUGUUAGUAUAUUAAAAAUCCCCUUCUCUUUACACAUGUCAACCUUGAGGUACAGCAAAUUCAAAGCCCCAUUAUUACCGUCCAGAUCUACUGACAAGUUUUAUACAUUGGGGCUGUAGACUGGAAAGUCAUGAUAUAUGGUAAAAUGUGGUUGGUCUUAACUAGAUCUCUUUUCCCAGUUUGCUUUGCUACUGGCCCAAUAUAUGUUUGGGUUUGCUGUGCUUGGAUGCUGAUGUGCCGCAGACACAACUGGAUUUACACAGCGCCGGCUCUCAGACAGAUGAGUACCACGGAGUAACUGAAAUGGGGCUGGAAAUAAUGGACACGCUGCAGCAACAAAUGCCAAGAAUUGGGUCUACGGAACCCUUAUUUAUUUAUUUUUUUAAUAAUUACUAUUUUCUAUUUUAA